AUAAGAACUAUUAAAUAGAUUCUUAAACAACAUAAAAAAAAACAAAACAAAAUACCAUAACAAAAAACCAAAAGCAAAAUUGAAGUGAAGUCAAAGUCAAAGCAAAAGAUCGCUACCAAUGAAGGGACAUGAUCUUUGUAUUGGGUAAAAGUGUCGAAAGGGAAUGAAAAAUGGGGGAGAUGGGUCAAGUUCAAAGCGAUGUAGCGGUGGCAGCUGCAAUUGAUGAUCAAGCUCGAAUCCAGCAGUCCUCCUCUCUCGCUUCCAUGGAUUCUCUUAUUGCAGAAGCUGCGGCUUUUGGCAAUGAUGAGAAUCAGUCUCUUGAUGCGCAGGCACAGAAAGCAUUAGAAUGCCCCUGUGUAGCUGAGCUGCGGAAUGGAGCGUGCGGGGUUCAAUUUACAGAGGCGUUCCUUUGUUUUCUCAAAAGUACCGUUGAAGAAAAGGGUUCAGAUUGUGUGCAUCCAUUCAUAGCCUUGCAGAACUGUAUCAAAGGUAACCCUGAUGCAUUUCCUAAAGACAUUCUUGAAGAGAAAGACGGAGACAAGAAAGAAGAGGAGCCAACCCAAGAAUACAGAAUUUAUCCUCCUAUAUGGCUCAAGGAAUCUCAGAGCCCAAAACCAAAGCUUUAGGGCAAAAUUUUAAUUCCUUUUACAUUUUUCAUUGCCAAUUCUGGUUAGAAGGAAAAUACAAUAUUAUAUGCAUAGGCUAUUCUGAUAGAUAAUUUUAGUAUUUUAGUUUUCAUCAAUGAUGAUCAUAUUUGGGUGCCUGCAUACAUCUUUUCAAAAUGAUGUUAUUCAAAUAAAAAACAAUUUUUGCUGCAA